GCUUGCUAGUGUCUUACUGGCCGCUAGCUCGCACAAUUUCCAAAAGCCUGGGCACCCCGGAGAAGAAUCCAUAUCUGGCACCUUACGUGCCUACUCAAUUAUUGCUGUUGCCUCGCGUUGCAAGAGAUGCCGAAAAAAGCUGCGCCCGCAUACAGAGGUGCUGUGGUCGGCGGCCCGCGCUGCCCCAUACGCGUGCGCAAGGACGAUGAAAUGACCGUCGACACCACGACGCCAAGAGAAUUGGGACUUAGGAUUAAGAAGGAAGACGGCACGUUCUUCGCCGGAGCUGCACGAAUCGAGUUCCGCAUCAAAGACGGCGAGUACAGGGCGGGCAAAAGAGUCGACCUGACCUGCGCCCUAGUAGCAGAAGAGCGAGUCCCUAUGAGACCUUUAAAAACGGUGAAUGGCCUAGAAGUUCGAGCCUGGGAGCUCGAUUUUGACAGAGACGCACUCCGCGCAAGAGGCCAAAAGUCUAUGAAUGAAGUAGGCACGGCGGCCCGGGCAAGUGACUGGCACUCCGGACUCCCAGAGGACGUCCAAGCGCUGCUCGAGGCCGAUCCCGUGGACGAAGAGGCGCUGCUGCAGAUUUUUAGGACUAGAUACGUGGGGCCGUCGCAGUUUCGAGCCCUUCAAAAUUGUCAUCUGCGACACUGCGAUUUCAGGAACAGGUGGGAGCGAUGUGUGUUUGACUACGGCGCGAAAGGCGAGGCGAAGGGCGCCGAAGACAAGUGCGCGAAGCAGGGCGCCGUGAACGCCCUCACCUUUCGCAAAGGCGACUGGGACACGUCGGCCUUCUUCAAGAGCCGGCCGGCCUGGAUGCAGAAGGGGGCGAAGGACUCGAAGAAGGGCUUGCCCUGGACCGGUCCGAGAGGGGACGGGCGCCUCGACGAGUACAAGGUCCCGGACGAGCGCGGCCGGCAGACAAAGGUACGCGUUGACGGCAGCGAGUCGCACUGGGGAAUAGGCGCGUCGGGCCGGCUCGAAGGAGCCCGCGACGCCGCGGCGGCCCGACGGAAGGCUGCGGCGCGGCCGCGCGUCAGUACCCCGCGCGGAAAGUGCUUCGACAUGACGCGGUCGCCGCGACGCGCGUCGACGCGCUACCACGCCACCGAGACGCUGCCGACGCGGCCGCGCGAAGGGGUCUACGCGUCUCGUGAGGGCGCCGCGACCGUUUCGCAACCACGUCGUUCCGCGCAGGUCCCCGUAUUGAUGCAGCAGGACGACGAGGAGGACGAAGCAGUGCAGGAGCUCCAGGCGCUGGCCGGGCUCGAUGUGGACGACGAGGUCGAGGAGCUGGAUUUAUUUGAUGCGAGCGAUAAUAGGCAGGGGCGCCACGCGAUCCGCGGCAUGCUCACUAUACUGUCGGACCAUAUCCGCGCCGCCGAGGGUCAUCUUAUCUCCGUUGGAUUCAAGGAGUCGCUUAGGAUUGGGACGCCGGCCGAGUUAGAUACGCAGCGGUGGUGGCUGCUCGGCGACUACGAACGCACUGGACGCAAGCUCAAAUUGGAUAUGGACGAGCUCUGGUAUCAGUCGACCACCUACGCGGACAAGAACGACCUGGUCGCCCUCGAAGUCUUUAAUGAGCGCUUCUUCGAGCAGCGGUGGCACUACACGAUGUUCAGACUGGCUGGGCACCCGAUAAAAGACGAGGCGCAGGACUUAGCGGUACGCGAGGUGUUUACGGUGGCGACGGUCUUGCUGUGUCCGGAGCACGCGACGCGGAGUAGUUUGGUUUUUACGUUGAAAUUGAUCGCGGAGCGCGGCGAAAAGGAGUCGGGCAUUUGGACGGCCACCAUACCUAUGGCGGUCUUCUUCAAUUUAGCUACCAACGACCAGCAGGCCAAGUAUCUCGAUACGCAGAUUAGAAGGUACGCGCACGACGCGGAGGUCGCCCGAGGGACCCGGCGCGGGCCGUUCCGGGUCGACGCCUUCGCGCGGGCGGCCGGCGUGACGGCGGAGCGCGCCGACCCGUCCACGCGCCACGAAAUAGCGCGCGACGCGCGGUCGAGGCUCGACGCUUUGACCGACCGCGCCGAAUGCGAGGAGGCGGUCGCCGACCUCAAAGAUGUGCUCGCGGAAGUGCAGCUCCAGCUCGCGCGCAUGUGAAUGUUAGUUGGCUAAGUAGUA